UAUUUUAACCAUACUUUCGAUGAAUGCAAACGCAUUUAAAAUCCAUAAUUUACCAAAAGAUGACUUUGUUUUAGCAAAAUCUGAGCUCAACUCCGACGACGACUUAUUGAGAAGAUAUUCAAAAGACUUGGGAAAAGUUUCGGACGAUGUCAAGCAUUUCGUCGAGAAGUCAUUACGUGUGGCCAAAGCCUUGUUGAGAGACUGGCUGUUGAAAAAUGACGACGGAAGUGAUGUCAGGGAUGGCAGGAAUGAGAGGGAGGAAAAGGAGCCGUCGACUGGUGAACAAUAA